AUGAAAACGAAUCGGUUUACGGUGGUUCGGUAUUGUUUAGCAAUGUUCUAUCUUCUGUCUAUUUUGCUUGGCUUCACGAUUCAUCUAUUCAAUCGUAGUAAAAAAGAGCUUCAGGUUUCCAAACUUUUAACGUGUUACAGUGUCGGAUUGAGUAUAAUUCCUUGCAUGUACUAUAAAACGGCUAGCGAACUGUUGGCGCUCGGGGGCCAACGCAGCACCGUUACUGUUGUGGUCGACGCCAUUGAGUCUAUACUGUUAGUUUACUCGAUGUUCAUCGGUACAAUUCGUCGAUAUUUCAAGCAUUCCUUGAUGGAGGAGAUUUACCGAGAUUUUAAAAGUAUACCUGGUUCUUUUGGGUUUACUCUAAGGAAAUCAUACGAAGAAGCUAAUACGAAAGUGUUGAAAAAAAUGUUAAUCAGUAUUGUUUUGGUAACAUUACCAAUGGUGUGCAUUUGCACGCAGAAACUUGUAAUUCUAAAACAAUCAAUGGAUUAUUUAGCUAUGUUUACGUCACUAUAUCCCAAGCUGCUGAUGGUGAACAUUGUUGGAUGGAAUUAUCUGAUGAUUAUAUACGUGCAUCGACUGUUCGAACUAAUGAAUCAGAAAUUGAUAAAACUGCAUUGCGAUGUAAAGCGGGAGCUUGACAUUGACAGCAAUUUGAUUCACCACCAAGGAAAGCAUGCUCAAAAUCUUAAUAAAAUUGUAACUCUGCGAAGCCGAAUUGCUAGUUUAGCACUGAAAGUGGAGAAGUUGUCAACCUAUACGAUGCUUGUCAUUCUUACCUUGAUUGCAAUUUUAACACUUGGUCAGACGAAUUUUCUAUUUAUUAGCAUAUAUCGUUACUUUCGCUUCAAUAUUAGUGUGGGAGCGCCUAUGAAUCUGGCAGUAGUGUUCAUGUGCGUUUUAAACUUAUACGAAGCCUAUUGUAUAGCGAAUGCAUGCGAGAUCACUAUGGAACAGUCGCGUAGAACAGCGGAAAUCCUGUACCGGUUUAAUAUGCUGGACUUAGACAUACGGCUGAAGCAAAAUAUCGAACUAUUUCUGAUCCAACUGAUCCACCAACCUGCCAAAUUUACGGCGCUUGGGAUUACAAUUGGCUACACGACGCUGUUGUCGAUAAUUUCAUCAGUUACGAGCUAUCUGGUCAUAGUUAUUCAGUUCGAGAUUGCCAGCAACAACUGCAGCGGGAAACAAUAGUAAACCCAUGCUUUCGCUUGAUUGUGGAAUACCUAAACUUUAUUUCAUCAAUAGCUUUUUUAAGAUAUAUACUUUUCAAAGAGAAAUAGUUAACAAUAAUUUAUCAUUUUUCUGUUUCCUGUUUCGUAUGAAAUAUAGACAAUUAUAAGGUAUCACGCUAGUGUACAUAGCACAUAGAACAUAAUCAUAAGCGACUAAACAGUUGGGAUCUCCACGAGAAAAAUAGAAGACUACUUAGCAGACUAUAUGUAGGUAGUGCUUGUUGGCGCUUUCGAAUGCGCCGAUAGCAUUGCCUUUCCUUUACUUAUGAUUGUAAUCAUAAUUAUAAUAACAGGUGUUUGUAACGAGACGAAAGAAGCUGAUGU